UUAUUCAGGUGACUGCUGGGAACGACAGACACCAUGAACGCCAUCAUCCUGCUGGCCCUUGUGGCGAGUGCCGUGGCUGCCCCGGUGGAAACAGACUGGAGUAAAGUAACCAUGAACAAUAUCUACCCUGGGAACUUCACGGCUUCCGAGUUGCACGACGACGAGUCCUUGGAGGCGCGCAUCGUGGGCGGCCAGGCGGCGGCGCUGCACCAGUUCCCCUACCAGGCCGGGCUCCUGCUGCCCGUGCACGGGGGCCACUCCUUCUGCGGGGGGUCCAUCAUCAGCCCCGAGUGGAUCCUGACCGCCGCGCACUGCGUCGACGAACUGGUGGGCGCCGUGACGGUGAUCCUGGGCGCCCACAACGUGCAGACCACGGAGGCGUCCCAGGUCAGGCUCACCACCUCGACCGUCCACAUCCACCCGCAGUGGAGCAGGGCCAACCUGAAGAACGACGUGGCCGUCAUCAAACUGCCCAGGAAGAUCGCCUACAACACAUACAUCCAACCAAUCAGGCUUCCAGCAAAAUCUGAGGCGUCUAAGACCUUCGUCAAUGUCGAGGCAACAGCUAGUGGCUGGGGAAGAAACGCUGACUCUGCGCAGUCCAUCAGCCCCGAGCUCCGCUACAUGACGCAGCCGGUGCUCGCCAACUCGAGGUGCAACGUCCGCUUCCUGGGCGCCAUAGACGCCAACCACAUCUGCACUUCCGGGAAGGGAGGCAUCGGGACCUGCCAGGGCGACAGCGGCGGUCCCCUGGUGGUCACGGACACCGACCACGCCAAGACCCAGGUGGGCGUCGUGUCCUUCGGCCUGGCCCUGGGCUGCGAGGUGGGCUGGCCCGCCGCCUACGCCCGGGUCACCAGCUACCUCACCUGGAUCGGCAGCACCACCGGCAUCGCCAUCAGGAACUACCAUCCACGCGGCGAGUCAGUAACGGUUCUUGUUUCUCCGUCAGGCGGUCGAGAGCCGACAGACGCCAUGGACACUUUCUUCCUGAUGACCCUCGUGGCCAGUGUUGCGGCUCUUCCGGCCGAACGAGACCUCAGCAAGAUCAUCCCCAGGAAUAUCGAAAAAUCAGAAAUCAACAAACUACUCGGAACGCUGCCAAAGUCCGGCAUCGUCGGGGGAGAGAUAGCCACCCCGCACUCGUUCCCGUACAUGGCCUUCGUGGACAUGACGGAGCAGCCGGCGGGAACGGCCCAGUGCGGCGGGACCAUCAUCGACAGCGAGUGGAUCCUCACCGCCGCCCACUGCCUCGACGGGACCGUGUACCCGGCAGAGGUCACCGUGGGGUCGUACGACACCUACGACGAGGCAAGUCCAGCGGUGACGAUCACCAGCUUCGACCUCUUCCAGCACCCCGGCUGGAACAGGACGACCAGGGAGAACGACGUCGGACUCAUCAAGCUGGUGGAGAAAAUCAAGUUCAACGCGUUCGUGCAGCCCAUCAGGCUUCCAGCGAGGUCCCAGCAAGAGGAAAACUACGUUGGUCUUCAAGCCACUAUCGUCGGAUGGGGAAGAACCUCCGACAGCUCUUCGCUGCUGAGCGAGGAACUGCGCUACGUGAACGUGCCCGUCAUCUCGAACCUGAACUGCAGCGCCCAGUUCGGCGACGUGAACGUCACUGACUCGCAGAUCUGCACGUCCGGUGCCGGCGGCAGGAACCCCUGCAACGGAGACAGCGGCGGUCCCCUGGUGGUUCGGGAAGCCGACGGAAACGCCACGGAGAUCGGCAUCGUGUCUUUCGGCGAGUCCUUCUGCGCUACCGGCUACCCGGCCGUCUUCACCAAAAUCAGCAGACACUUGGACUGGAUAUCUCGCACCAGCGGCAUCAAGAUCAGAGAAUAGCAGAAUGUUCCUCCGUUCAAAUUCUGAACUAAUAAGAUUUAUUUUCUUCCAGAAAAUAAAUAUAUAUAUUUUUUUCAUAAACAAUUCUUUGGAAGUAGUUUAAUAAGAUAUAUAUUUGUACAUAAAUAUACAAAGAUAACAGUUUGAAUCCCACAGUACACUGAUUUGAGCAAACAACUUGUCUGAACAAGAAAGUAUUGGAUUUACAGCGUAUAUGAAAUUAUAAUGUAUUAGGGCCUACUGGUGAAAUUACAAGAAGAUAAUUAAAAAAAAAUAUUUUUUUUGAACAAUUCUCAUAUAAAUGUAAAACAAUUUUUUUACAGUUACUGCUUGCAUUAUCGAAUGUGUUUAAAUGUUACGUGUAUUGUAAAUAGAAUUGUGUUGCGCAAAAUAAAGAAUUCGUAAAUGAGCAGUGGUCAUUUGGUUUGCCGGCCAGUGAAAAGUGACCGACCAAUCAA